GCUGGGGUUGAUGAGAGUUGGAGUCCAACAGCAUCCUGAGGGCCACCGGCUCCCCAUCCACCUUGUAACAGAUUGCAGUAUUUACACAAAUUGGUGGGUCCUUGUCCAGCACAUUACAAAUGUUCUGCCAAGCAACUGACCUGCAGUCGUUGAUUGACCCCGCAAACAGCUGGUUGUGAUCCAGCAAAGUAUAUAAAAGAGAUAGAGAGAAGAAUAGCCAGCUUUAUUUCCACUUCCAGCUGAAGCCAUGAGGGUUCUCUUAGCAGCUCUGAUUUAUAUUCCGUGCAUCACAGCUGUAGUAAGGAUCCCUCUAACGCGAUUUGAAUCUAUCAGAGGAAAACUCCGCAAAAGAGGAGAGCUGCAUAAGUUUCUCGAAGACCGCCAACCUGACAUUUUUGUUCAGAGGUACCCGCACUGUCUCCCUUCAGAUAUUAAUUUGUCACAGGGACUUGCAACAGAAAGGCUCUAUGAUUACAUGAAUGCCCAGUACUAUGGAGAGGUGAGUGUGGGCACUCCACCUCAGCGAUUCACCGUGGUGUUUGACACCGGCUCCAGUGAUUUUUGGGUCCCAUCCACUAGUUGCUACAGCAAAGCUUGCAGCAUGCAUAAAAGAUUUGAGUCGUUUAUGUCACACUCCUAUGCGCUAGGAGGGCAGCCGUUUUAUUUACAAUAUGGGACUGGGAGUUUGAUCGGCAUCACUGCCAAAGACACCGUACAGUUCAGCAACAUUUCCAUUGAGGCUCAAGACUUUGGAGAGUCUGUCUAUGAGCCUGACCUGACCUUCAUCUUUGCACACUUCGAUGGGGUGCUGGGCUUGGGAUAUCCAUCGUUGUCAGUACUGCAUGGACUUCCAGUAUUCGACAAUAUGCUGAGGCAACAAUUGAUAGAGGAACCUGUAUUUUCCUUCAUCUUGAACAGAGGAGGCAACACUGAGAAUGGGGGUGAGCUGAUAUUUGGAGGCAUUGACCAUUCUCUCUACAAAGGGUCCAUUCACUGGGUUCCAGUCACUGAGCAAAAGUAUUGGAAAAUUCAUAUGGACAACGUGAAAAUCCAGGGACAGAUAGCAGCAUGCAAAGAUGGCUGUGCAGCCAUUGUAGACUCGGGUACUUCCCUCAUUACUGGCCCACCCUCACAAAUAAUACUGCUGCAGCAAAAAAUCGGAGCCCACCCAGCCCCGCAUGGCGAGUUUACUGUAGACUGCAGAAGACUCUCCAGCCUGCCUCCGAUAACCUUUACCAUUGGGCAGAGAGAAUACACAAUAACUUCAAAGCAGUACAUAAUCAAGCAAACCAGUGGAGGAGAACCUUUUUGCCUCAGUGGCUUUCAGGCUCUGGAUCUCGGCCCCCGCAACAAACCGAUGUGGAUUCUGGGAGACGUAUUUAUGUCAGCUUUUUAUUGCGUCUUUGAUCGCGGGAAUAAUAGAGUUGGAUUUGCUCACAAAGCAAAAUAGCACGAGUAAUGGGAAAUGCUUUGACAGCGGUUUGCAUCCCGCCAGUAAACCUGCCCUAGGUGCAACGAGUCCAACUGAUUUGGAUGAGGGGGUGGGAAGAGGCAGUGUUAAAGAAGACUUGAAAAUUCUUGGAUCAACUUGAAAGUGAACCAGUGUUUAUGUGGGCAUAGGAAAGCAGUCGUAGGUUGCAACCCUGUAGCCACUUACAGUGCUACCUUGGUUCUCGAACGGCUUAGUUGUCAAACAAAUUGGCUCCCAAACACCGAAAACCCAGAAGUAAGUGUUCCAGUUUUUGAAUGUUUUUCAGAAGCUGAACCUCUGAGUGCAAGAAGUGCAAGAACUGCUUGAGUGCAAGAAGCUCCUGCAGCCAAUCGGAAGCUGAGCCUUGGUUUUCGAACUGUUUCAGGAGUCAAAUGGACUUCCAGUUUGAGAACCAAGGUACCACUGUACUUGCGAAUAAACCCCAUUAAACUCGGGGCUAACAAUGCAUGGAAUUGUAUUUUAAAUCUCUGGGCUAGAAUUUUUCUCAAGGAGCUGAAAGUAAAGCAGGAAGUGAAGCCAUCUCAGGGAUGCUGGCCCUCCCAGAGAAGCCUGACUUUUCUAAGAAUUGUAUAUGCACCAUUGUUCUUGCCUUCUGUGGUCUUCCAAUGGUACAUUUCUUUUCUUAGUGGAGGGAAUAGGACACCUGACUAAUAUGAAAGGGAAGAACCCAAAUUAUUCACUGCAGACUGGAUUUCCUCUUCUUCUGAGCAGUAGUUAAGGAAAGAGGAGUCUUGGCUUCUCAGAGUUUGUGUUGCGUUAUAGGUAGGCAGUGAUAAUAAUAAAAAAUUCCUUUGACCGUGCAAUCCUAUGCAUGGUUUACUCAGAAGUAGGGAUAGAAGGACCUUUUCAGUUCUCCCAGUUUAACAGUUUUCCAACCUUAAAUUAAGUUCUUCCCAUUUCUGCGGCAAUCUGUGAAUCUUUUCUAAAAAUCCUCAUGGAUUUUUUAGUGCAAGUUUCUCCAAAUAAACAUAUUUUUGUAUGUUCUGACUAAUGUACACAUUUUUUUGCAAGUAUUUCCCCUAAAUAUAGGUGCUUUUAUAUGUUAUUUUCACUAUUGUAUCCACACUUUUCCAUAAUUGAUUUUUUUUUGUAAACCUUAUUUGGUUGGAGAACUGCACCACAAAGUUUGGCUGAGUCUGAAUUUUGUAGGAUAUCUGUGUUUUGGUUCUCGUAUUGCUUUGGCAAGUGCAAAUUUAAUAGAUAAGGUUUUAAAUGUGUACUGAAUCAAAGUUCUCCUCAGAAGUCAACAAAUUCCAGUGGGGCUUAUUGCCAUGUAAGUGUGCAUGGUCCAAUGAAUGGGAUUUGCAGGUUAAACCUAUGCAGAGCAGCACUGUAAGUCUGGAAUUUGUCACUUGCACAGUAGAAAGGAGAGAACUCCAGGCAAUUUGGUUUUUAAAUCUCAGCUACAGAUGCUGAAACCGCUUAAAGCAAUUUAAACUUUACUUCUGGCAACUGUGUCAACAUGUCACGUUUUAGUUCCUGCUCUGUCCUACACAAAAAUAUUUUACAAAGGCUGAAUACUAAUCAAAUGGUGUUUAAACAGAUCCUUUAAAUGGCUGCAUUUUUCACUAAUGCCCAAAGGGCUAGAUUUAUUAAAUCUGGUUUUAGAAUCAGAUGUAUGGAUGAAUUAAAGUUGAUCAAGAAAAUGCCCUUUGGGGUUGUCCUGUUUUCACUUUAUUUGACCAGUUUGUUUUCAUUUGCAAAUGACUUCACUCUGUUUGUGUCCUCUUGCGGAUUUAUGCUGUGGGAAAAGGGAAUGGAGGACAUUAACUCUGUCAUACAAAGAAAUGUCUCUAUUGUUGUGAGGCAUAAAAGGGGGAAAAUCCAAAUAUAAUGGAGUGGAAAUCUCCAAAGGGUUUGCUGCCGACUUUGAUUUACAGCUCUUCCUUUCAUUGCAUUCUCCAAAUUUGAUUGGAGAUAUUUGUUGGAGACAAACAGCAUAUUUAAAUUUGAAGGAAUCCUGUUGUUACAAACAUGACAGUUCUUACUUCAGCCAGAAGGAUAACUACUCUAAAUGUAGCUUCACGGAUCCUGUGAGAACUCCUCUUUUAGUUGAUAUUCCCGUGCGCAGAUUCAAACAUCAUUGUUUCAUCUGCCCCACUACCCCCACAGAAUCAGGUGGCGCUGUGGUGUAAACCACUGAGCCUCUUGGGCUUGCUGAUCAGAAGGUUGGUGGUUUGAAUCCCCACGAGAGAGUGAGCUCCUGUUGCUCUGCCCAGCUCCUGCCAACCUAGCAGUUCAAAAGCACACCAGUGCAAGUAGAUAAAUAGGUACCGCUGGGAAGGUAAAUUGCAUUUCUGGGAGCUCUGGUUUCCAUCACAGUGUUCUGUUGCGCCAGAAGCAUGCUGGCCACAUGACCCGGAAAGCUGUCUGUUGACAAACGCCGGCUCCUUCGGCCUGAAAGCGAGAUGAGUGCCGCAACCCCAUAGUCGCCUUUAACUGGACUUAACGGUCCAGAAGUCCUUUACCUUUACUUACCUUACAGACAGUGGGAGAAGGACAAAGGAGAUUUUAAUGGCCCAACUCUCUUUGGGACUGUCUCUUCCACCUCUGUGCCUCCCUGCAGCUUUUUCUCCCGUCUCUGACUGCCCAGCCUCUUCCUCUUCCCCCUGCCUCAUGGAUGGCACAGAACCCCACAAAUCACCGGUCCUUUCUCCGGGAUCAUCCUCCUGCCCCCCUGCCUCCUUUGCCCACACUUUGGACUCUCUAGCCUGUUCAUGACACCAGGCCUUUACCAAUGUUUCAUUCCUGUCAAUUUGUUAAUUUGUACCCUGUUGUUGGUUUAUCAACUACACUGGUUAUUUUCACUACAACUUUUUUGUUUAUUUUUUUAUUUUUUAAAAAACAUUAUUUCAAUGGGCAGUCUCUGGCCCCACCCACUCUUGGCACUCAGCCCCUGGAAUAGUCACUACAAGGGGAUGCAGCCAUUGGGCUGGAUUCUGCCUCGGGUAUCAAGAUGUCUUCCCAGUGCAGAUAAAGGCUGCUGAACCGCACCCACCAUUGUGAGGUCUUGCUGAGGUCAUGAUGAUGCCUCCAAGGCUGCUUCCAUUGGCUGUGGACUGCCUGUGAUGUCACAAAAGCAAUAAUGCUGCUGGGUGGAUAUAUUGGAGGUCUAUCCCCUUCUUCCUAGCAGAAUGCAGUUGGCAACUGCUGUGAUGUUCAACCCUAAGGUGGUCACACGGCAGACAGAAGGAGGUAAUCGCCCAGUCAUGAGAUGCUGUGGAGCAGCAAGAAGGCAAGUUCAUAUGCUGAGUGGGAUUGAGGCUUGAAGGGACGUGAUAUCCAUGGUUGGUUUCAAUAAUAAUAAUAAUAA